AUGACCGACAGUGGGACUGUGAGCGGAUUCGCCGCUGAUACUUCGAACUUGCCAGAGCAAUAUCUGGACGCUCAAGGCCGACAUCUCGGGACGACAUUCGACGUGCUGAUCGUCUGUAACGUGAUCUUCCACGAAGACCGCGUACUUCUUUUUCACACCACUUCGGAAAGGAAGUCCUGGGCCAACAAGAUCGGGGUGCCAAUGUACAGGCUUGCUCGACCAGAAGACGAAAAUGACGUCGCAAGCCUUCUGAGAUCGCGGAUAGAUCGUGGCAUGGACUUGGAUGUGACGGUCGAAGAGUACGGGAGGGUAGCCUGCCGGACGCAAGUGGGCCUGGAUCCGGCAAAAUUGCAGAACAGCAGACUAGCCACGGCGCUCCAUACAGCAGUCAGCCCGGCCAUGCUCGAGGACAGCGUGUGGCUCCGAGCAAGCCUGCUUUGGACUGUUGAGCACGUGCCUCAGUUGAAGCCAGACGACUAUGUGUGCCGGGAGGUUCUCUGGGCCACUGCGGCAGAGGUCGAAGAGAUCCCCAGCGAGGACUUCCUCAUGAGCGUGAAAGAAGACAUUCAAGCAGCGUUUGAGCUGAGGCAACGAAGGUAG